AUGCCAGCUCUUGUGGUCGAGCAACAACCCCAAGCCAGUGCCGGCGGUAGUACACUGCGUUCCACCGAGGGGAGCAUUCAUUCAACAAUUUCUAACUUGACCACAACCGCUAUCACCAGCCAUCUCUCGAAUGCCUCGCCUUCUCACUCAGGGGGAGAUCGCGAUGGUUUGGAUACAUCUCUCGAGCUGGACGGGCAGGACCAGCUACAUAUCCUGAACAAUCAGCUCAAGGUAGAGAAUCGCAUAAAGGAAGGUGCCGAGAAUCUCCUCCAGAUGCCUCUUACAGGUCCCUUACGGAUGCAAGUGGAGUCAGAAUUAGAGACGGCCAGAAAGAAAAUAAAUACUAUCGCGAAGGCGAUUGAACUCCAAUCAUCCAGGGGUGCGCGUAAGAAAAGCAACGAGCUUGGGAACAAGCGCAAGUUUAACGGCCAGAUCGUGCCAGGCGGAAGGGGAAAAGAUGGAAGUGAUGAACGAGACGAUUUCCGAUCUGUCAUGCAUCUGGCGACUUCGUGCAUGAGAUCCCUGUCAGCUAUGUCUCGUCAAAACUCUGUUGCUCAGCCCUUCGCAAGCAUUUCUCCCUCCACUUCGCCUUCCUCUUCUGCGAUACCCAACCCGGCCUCGGCAAAUGAUGCCGAACUGAAUCGUGCAAGGAUUGACACGAUGGCGCGUUUGAUUGACAUAUUGAAACGCAAUCUCCGCGUACGGUAUGAAUUGGACAUUGGGGAGGUGAUACAAGCUGUCCUUCCCGCGCUAUCGGAUAAAUCAUCACAGCAGUGUCGCGCUACUGCUUAUCAGCUCAUCCGCCACUCUUUGGUCGACAUACAUUCGGUAAAGCGUUUGCAAGAGCAGAAAUUAGAUUGGUACAUCAUCAAAUCACUGACGCGCGACAACAAAUAUGCAGUUGAGAAGGAGCAGGUUAUCAAACUCAUUCGGUCAGUUGUCGAGAUAGGUUCGGAGCGCCGAACGCCGCGAUCGUCCAUGAGUUCAGGGACAGUUCCGCUCUCAGAAGCGGUCAUGCGUGCAUUCAUAUCUAUAGCGGAAUACCCUGAAGAUCCGUUCAAAUUCAUAUGCCUGCAGACACUGACAGAGAUUCUACUGAUUGAUAUCGAGCUCAUGGCUCGCACCGGUGGAAUCAGAGUGCUUCUGCAUGCCUUAGCUGACGGAUCCCCCGAAAUGGCCCCAAUGCUAGCCUCUGCCUUUCUGUACAUUAUCGACUUGCCUCGUACAAGGGCGUACCUACAUCUAGGAACUGAUGUCGAGAUGGUUCUCUCAGGUAUUACAGAUGCCUACGGGAAGGGACCGGAUUACGGUGAUCGCAUGAGAGGAUGCACACGGGUGAUCGCAUCUAUGCUGCGCACAUGGAGUGGAUUGAUGUAUUUCUGUCUGGACGACAAGCUGGCUCUGCGUGCUAUUGUGGAUGGUCUUCGUAUACCUUCUCUUGAAACACGAGAAAUCAUACUUAACAUGUUCUUCGAUCUUUUCAACAUCAAACCUCCAGAAUGGCACCAGGCAUUCAUUGACGGUCGCCGUUUGACAUUGUACCGCAAGGCCAGACCAGCUUCGGACCCAGGACCUCCACCUGAGCCGCAGAGACCACAGGCGACUCUCAAACUCACGGAUCAAUAUAUCGCUCUGUUGAUUAUGGUGUUUUGCAAAGCCGGUCUGUUAGACGCUCUGACAUCAAUGUUUGAGGAGUCUACUGCCGGGUCCAACCUGUCACGGAAAGCUACUCUCCUUAUGGCCGAAGUACUACAAACAGCAAACAGAGUUCUGCCUCUGCGCAUGGCUGCUAAAAUCCAGGCGCUGCCUCGUGUGUUCAAUCUCGCUUCCGACUACGAAUUCAACGAGCAUCGAAUCGUCGGUACAUCUGCGCUCACUGCCAUUGAUAGUUACAACCGUCAUCGCGCACGUCUGCAACCAGCAGCUGUAAAAGGAGACUCGCGCCCCAGAGCAAACUCAAUCGAAGAUGCCGUUCGACGUGGUCAGCGACAGGUGGAACAGGCCAAGAUCAAGCUAGCCAUGCAGAUUGAUGACAAGAGUUUCCAAGCAAUCCUCCUAGACACGCAGGUCAUGCUCACAAAAGAUCAGACGAAGUGGAGUUUCGAGACUCUGCUGGAUCUUAUCGAGGGUCCUCUCCUCAAUCCCAAACGGAUGGAAGAAGCCAUCAAGGUUUCCCGAUACAUUCGCAGACUCAUGUCUUUUUUCCAUCCGUUCGCCCAUCGUUUCUCUGAUCUAGCUAGAGUGAAGACGAAUAUUCGUUGGGUCCGAUUGGGUUGCCUCCUACUCAAUGCGUUGAUGGCGAGUCCUGAUGGCGUGCGUUUCCUGUCCGAGGACGAGUUUUUGGGCCAGAUUGUUGAGGGCCUAGAGCAACUGAUUCCCUUGAACAGUGCUCCUGUAUCUGACCCUAUUUUCUCCAAAAAGCGUAUGCAAGAUACCCUCACUUUCGGAUACUUCGAGAUGCUCGGUACCUUGAGCAAGCGGAAGGAGGGACUGGACCUGAUGGAGAAAUUCAGACUUUUCACUGCUUUCUACCGCCUUAGUGAGCUCCGAAGCCGCGAAGAUCUAAUCAAGAGCAUCAUUGAGAAUCUUGACUAUAGCAUCGAUGGCCAUUCGCGGAUUGUCUUGUCUAAGGCUCUUACGUCUAGCUACAAGCAUAUUCGACUGUACGCAACGAACCAUCUGAGCGCACUAUUGUGUGGAAGUGCGACAGCGAAUGCUUGGACACUUCGACUCCUUCUCACCCAGCUGUAUGAUCCUGCUGUUGAAGUGCGUGAAGUUGCGGUGCGUUUUCUGGAAGAGGCGUGCGAACAGCCGGACGUCCUUCAAACUGUAGUCGAGAUGCAACCGACUUUGGAUCAUCUCGGUGAAAUAGGGCAUCCUUUACUGUUGAAGUUCAUGUCUACGCCAACCGGCUUUCGAUUCUUAUAUUCCGCGGAUUAUAUUGAUCGGGAGAUGGACCUCUGGUUUCACGAGCGCAAUCUUCAUUAUGUGGUACACGUCGAAGUUUUCCUUGCCAAGGUCUUCAACUUUACGUCCAUUGAUGAAGAGGAUGAUAUACAGAAGCUCGAUGGGUGCCUCGCCACGCAUUUCUAUGGCGUAUUGGCCAAAACGGAACUCGGUUGUCAAGUCCUACAGGAGAAAGGUCAUUUCGCAGAGUUUGCUCAAUUCAUCAGACAACACGGUAUGGAGAGCGAAGACCAGGAUUUGAUAAUGCGAUUGAAGAGCACCUUAUGGGCGGUUGGAAACAUAGGAGCAACGGAAGGUGGUCUACCCUUCCUCGAGGAAGAAGAGAUCAUCCCUGCAAUAUUAGAGAUUGCAGAGCGAUCGUUUGUUCUCUCAGUACGAGGCACCUGCUUCUUCGUUCUCGGGCUCAUAUCUUCCACACCUCAAGGUGCCGAGAUUCUUGACGAUUAUCAUUGGGAAGCAACUCUGUCGCCGUUAGGGUUUCCAACAGGGAUCUGCGUGCCUGUUGACCUUGACAACUUCCUUUCCUUGCCGCCCUGGGAGUGCGUACCAUGUGAAGAAACUAUCGACCGGCUUCAGCCUCCAAAAACAGAAGAGGAGAUGGAAGUGAUGACAGCCAUCUACAACCUUGCAAACACAGUGAUUGCGAACGCAGCAUCACGGUCUUUAGCAAGGAUGAAGUCGCGGCCAGAAUACAGGAACAUCUUCAUAUCGCCGACUAUGCUCUACCGUGCUCUCCAUACGAUAUCCUCUCAACGAUACCGUCUGCCUGUGCGCAGAUAUAUCAUAGACUUAUUCGACGUUCAACUUGAUGCCGAUGUCGUCAAAGCUCUCUCUGAGAGAGCUGUUUCUCUUCGCCUGCCGCCCAGUGCUGAACUGCUAAAACCUCCACCAACACAACUCAUCACUGGUUUGGAUCGUCCUCAUCAUCACCGGAUAUCAAAUAGUGAUGAGGUUGAACUUUCGGACGAUGAUGGAGGGCUGGAAGUGGCAGACAAACACCCUAUGAUGAGUUUGCGACCUGUGAGCCGUAUUGUCGGAUUUGCAGCUUCGUGA